GUAAAUAAAAUACACAUCCCUUCAGUCAGCAGAACAAAUUGGAGCAAAGAAAUGUGGACCCAAGCUCCAAAAUCUUGUAUUCUCUCUGCCUUGGCAAUAAUAUCACUGAUUAUCUCCACCUUCCCUUCUCAUAUCCGAUCCCAAAACAACGCAUCGGACUAUGACCUUUGUUCCCCAUUCAAGUGUGGCAACAGCACCUUCUCUUUCCCCUUCUCUAACGUUUCAGGCCCCAGAAGCUGUGGCCUUCCCGGCUACCACUGCACAUGUUAUGAUGAACAGUCUCCAGGGAUCAUUUUUUCCGGCAAGUUCUUCUCAGUCAAAGGCUUCUAUCUCUCUGAUCGCUUGAUCACUGUUGUUGAUACCCAACUUAUCACUCAGUUGACGGCUGGCCACUGCACUUCUUUGAAUAACCUUACAAUUUUUAGUGACUAUAUAGCCCCUCUUAGUCUCCUUCCGGGAACUUUUAACCUCACUUUAAUUUCUUGUCCAGGUCCUUCUCGAGAAUUUCUUGAUAAGAUGGUUAGUAAUUAUACUAAAGACGGUACUGCACUAUAUAUUUGGAAAAAUGGCAGUCCAGGGCGUCCAUCAGAAUUCAGCCCUGUGCAAACACCAAGCGGAUGCAAUUUGAUCAUGGUACCUGUCUCUAUUUCAAGCUACGCAUUAUUCUUGAAUAGAAGUGGCUCUGAAUCUUUUGAUCCCUCGACUGAACUGGUUGAUAUGUUGGCGGAUGGGUUUCCUUUGACUUGGCCCAAUUUUACGGACUGCAUAACCUGUAAUUCAAAACGAGGACGGUGCGGAUUCGAUGAUAACUUGAAGGGAAUUGCUAGCUUCCACAAGCUGGGAAGCUCAAAGAAAAAUUGGAAGAAGCUGGGGUUUAUAUUAGGCGUUUCCAUUGGGAGCUGUUUCAUUCUGCUUAUCAUUGUUCUACUGGUACUAGCCUUCAGAAAACGAAUUUUGCCUUCCUUCAAGAUGAAUAACCAAAGUACUGAAGAUAGAAAAAACGUUGAGCAAUUUGUUAAAACCUAUCAAUCAUCUUUGAUAACCAACUUUUCAUACAGUGAUAUAAAGAAGAUGACCAAUGGCUUCAGAGAAAAAUUAGGUGAAGGAGGCUAUGGUAAUGUCUACAAGGGCAGAUUAUUAUCAGCCGGUCGUCUUGUCGCUGUCAAACUGCUGCAGAAUUCCAACAACAAUGGCAGUGAUUUUGUUAAUGAAGUUGCCACCAUCGGUAUGAUACGUCAUGUGAAUGUUAUAAGAUUAUUGGGUUUUAGUUGGAAUGGUUCAAAACAAGCAGUCAUCUAUGAGUACAUGCCUAAUGGAUCACUAGGGGACUUGCUAACUAAUGAAAGGUUGAGGCUUUCACUAGGAUCUGCCAGGAUGCUUGAAAUUGCCACAGGAAUUGCUCUUGGAAUAGAAUACUUGCACAAUGGCUGUGAGUCACGAAUCCUUCACCUCGACAUAAAGCCUCAAAAUGUGUUGCUAGAUGAGAAUUUCAAUCCGAAAAUCUCCGAUUUUGGAUUAGCAAAAAUUUACUCUAGAAGUAGAAGUGCAGUAACAAUGACAUGUGUAAGAGGAACCAUUGGUUAUAUUGCUCCUGAAAUUUUCAUGAGAAAACUUGGCAAACCUUCCCAUAAGUCUGAUGUCUACAGCUAUGGGAUGUUGCUAUUAGAGAUGGCUGGGACAAAAAACACUGCUGAACUAAAUCUAAAAAGCUCUUCAAGUGAAGCAUACUUUCCAGGUUGGAUACAUGAUUUAUUAGUUGAAGGUAUUCAAGGGAAUGGUAGAGAUCAGAUAGAGCUUGUGGUGGAAGAUGCUUGCAUAUUGAGGAAGAUGGUUAUGGUCGGUCUAUGGUGCGUUCAAAUAAAUCCUAAAGAUCGUCCCUCGAUGAAAAGAGUGGUAGAAAUGUUAUCUGGAAAUGUUGAUGUAAUUGAAAUGCCUCCCAAGCCUCUCUUCCUUUCCUCACGACAUCAUGACUCUCAACAUCAGAUUGAUAUCGCUUUCGCAGAAAGCGAUACCAGAGCAGACAGUCAUUAGAUGCGAGAUUGAAGAUAUUAAUGUGUUAAAAAUUCCUUCAAGUAAAGUUUAACAUAAUAUUAAUUAUUUUGAUCUAAAAGGUCUUAUUGUGUUGACUCGUCAUUAUUGGAUUUCUUGAUUUUUUUUACAAGGAUCAUGAUUGAGGGAUGAGGGAUUAAGUGGAUCCAUAAUUAAUGUGGAUCAAAGGAUUUUCGGCAACAUA